GCAUGAUGUGACUCCACCAAUGGUUCAUCGAUAUGCAUCGUUAGCUUAUCAUGCGAGUUUCGCAGCAAAACUACCUACCCCUAUGACGAUAAAAGCUUCAAUGAUUGAGCACUUGAUUAAGCGGUGGAAUGCAAAUGUUCAUGGUAAUUUAUGCUUGAUGUAAUUGUAAUGCACAGAUCAGCCAUUCAGUAGCGAACUGUCCAUCAUCAAUAUGGGACAUUGGGCGAAUGUGCUGCUUCUUGCAGCAAUACUCUGCAGCUACGCAGGCUCUUUACAAGCUUCCCGGGAUAAAAGAAUGGCAGCCGGAACAGAUGUGGCACAGUCGGAGGUACCGUAUCAGGCGUCGUUCCGUUUAAUCGAACAAGACCGCCAUUUGGGGAGUGGAGCCAUACUCAACGUUCGUUUCAUCAUUACGCAAGCCUCUUUUAUAUGGAAACUGAUGCGCACCUAUCCGGGGCAACCACUUUCUGAAUUGGCACGCAUCCGGCUGGGACAAGUAGAGCUCAAGUCUAAAAUAGACGAUCGGUUCUACACGAUCUAUUCGCACACGUAUCAUCCCGAGUUCGAUUUUGAAGCUGCCCGCAACGAUGUUGCGCUAGUACGGACGCGCGAGUACAUUGAUUUUAACCGUUUCGUACAGCCGAUUGAACUUCUCAGCGGCCCCAUCCCGGAGGGUAGUUUAGUAUCGUACACGGACUGGGGUGCCGAGAAGGAUACUGCCGCACAGGAUGACUAUAAAGAAAAGUUGCAAAAAUUGGACGCUCGGGCGAUUUCGAACGAUCAGUGUAAGGAGCUGCUGAGUCCGUGGGAUUUACAGGACCUGGUGUACGAUACCAGGGUGUGCGUUUAUACGAAUGGCACGGGCAGCAUAUGCACGGGCAAUGUUGGAGGACCGUUGGUGAUGAUCGCAGAUGGACGGGCGCAGCUGGUUGGUGUUAUGUCCUACGUGUACAGAGCAUGCAACUCCCUCGUUCCGGGAGGAUUCGAAAGACUGUGGAAUCACCACGAAUGGAUCGCUGAAGAGUCCAGCGUCAACUACAGUGACACAAAUUUUGGUGAAAUGUGCCGCGUAGUACGGAACGUGGCAGCCCAAAUAUUAAUGCAAAAUAAAGAAACCGUUCGACGCCGGAGAGCUAUUAGAGCCGCUAAGGAGAACAGUGAGGCGUAGAGCUUAUAUCGCAAUGAAAUCGAUACGAUACGCGAUGUAUUAAAAACGAUUCAUUUGAA